UAAGGAAUAAAUACUUGAAGAAUGUUGAGCAAAAGAGAAAAAGACCAGCACCUCAGUACACAAUUUAUGGUUAUGCCAUUGCUCUGCAAUAUUGGGCCUAUGAAAUUUUUACAAAGUUCGUUGCAUUUGCUUAUCAAUAACCCCUUGCCUUUCCAAGAAUGCUUAGCUGGUCAGCGCAUAAAAUGUUGAAAGAUAUUGAAGUUGUAUUUAAGAAAAAAAGUGAUCUUAUGAAGGCCACGCUCAAUCCAAGACCCGAAGAGAAAGAAUUUCAUGACUCUAUUAUUCAAGGACCAGAUGAACUACUCAUGGGUCGUGUUCUUAGCUUUGUAGACAAUGAUGUGAAAUUGGAGUUUGAAAGGGAAGAACGUGAGGAACCUCCCACAAAGCCCGAUGUAGCAGAUGGGCAUCGUCACGAGCAAGACCAGAAAGAGAUACCAACUCCAAUUAACACCUACCAUGAAAAGUUGUUAGCUGAUGUUGACACUUGGAAAAGUAACCAACAAAGAAUAGAGGAGAAGUUGGAUGUGUUUACCCCGAUUAAUUUUUUUGGGACACAUUGGGUGUUGUUAGAGAUAUCAUUGACAAGCUAUCUUAUAAAAGCUUAUGACUCUGAUAUCACUAUGGUUUCCAACAAGGAGUUUGAGAAUAAAAUGAGCAGAUGGAGAAAAAUGCUACCAUAUCUAAUUCAAUCCAGUGGGUUGUUAAGCCAUAGGAAUGAUGUCCAACUACAAGCAGAGAAAGUGCGUUUUAAGUUCACAAGACCUGGCACAGAAUAA